AUGCCCCCAAGUGAGGAGCGUGUCGCUAUUCUCGGUGCGUCGUCGCUCGAUGGACUUGGUGCUGGAUUCUUGCAGCAAUAUCUCGAAACAGGGCGCCGCCAAAUCGUGAUUGUCGGCCGCCGUUUGCAAGCGCUUGAGGAGGUUCGCCAUGCCGCGCUUGAGAAAACGCAAGGAAAGCGACACCCUGAUGCGCAGGUACAUAUUUUCGUGGCGGACUGCACAAAGCCGCGCGAUGUGCUGGAGCUGCGAGGGUUCAUCGAUAUGCGCAUGCACGGCCUCGAUACGCUCCAGAUCGUAUUUGGAGUCACUUCGAUUCUCCCGCUUCUGGGCUUGGCGAACGCCGAUCCAUGCGGCGUGAAUGCCGACGACCAAAAGAUGACAGCCUUGCAGGCCGAUGCCAUAGGAUUGGACGCGAUUGCGCAAACGGUGCAGCAGUCGUCCGACAGCAAUCUCAAGGGCACUGCACUGGUGCUUGGUGCACUUAUUCCUAUGCUGCAGACAACGUCCAAAGACCCGGUCGUGGUCGCAACAGGCUCCAUCGCCGGUCUUUUGCCCGCGCCGACGCGCUCUGUGUAUUGUGCGACUAAAGCCGCGCAGCACUUUUUGGUGGAUAGCGUCGCACUUGAGUGCCAAACCCAGGCGGGGACGCCAGUGCCGGGCACGGACAAAAAGCGCGCGCUUGUGCGCUUCCUGCUCAUUGCACCGGGCCCGAUCCAGAAUACGUUUGUCGCCAAGUACGCAGUCGACUCCGUGGCCGGGCCGCGCGACAACAGAAGCAAGGCGCUCGAAGUCCACGAUGUUGUACGCACGACGCUGAACAAGGUAGACUCGGUCGGCUCGGGGUUGUUGGUGAUGCCGCAAUACUUGUUUGCUGCGCACUUGCUCUCCAAGUUUAAUGUGACAAAGGGGAUCACUGAGCGCAUCGCACAUAAGAUGUACCGAUACUAG